AUGUCUCUGCGCGACCAGAGCUGCUACACUCUCAUCUUACAGCCAUCAGCGACGGAUCAGGCCGUCGUGGAGCUAGUAGAAGUUGAAGGUGUCAAGCGGGAGACGAGGUAUGCGCGGGUCAAGGAGAAAGGGUUGGAUGACGCAGAGAUAUACACUGCGGGGAUAUACGACUAUCUGACAGGCGCGAAGCUCGCUUCCACAGGAUAUAGGGCUGAGAAGGGCGCCAAGCAACGGCGGCUACAGCUGCACGGGCCAGACGAGGAGGUAUCGUUCGAGCAUACAGGCAAGCUGAGCUUUGAGUGGACCUUUACUUUCGGUGGUAACAAGUUCCGGUGGAACAAGGAGAUUUACGGGAAAGACUAUAUCUGCUCCCUGGACCGUAAACCUGAUCCCAAGGUGGAAAUAUGCUUAGCUCGAAGUCCGGACAAGAAUGAACCGGGCCGGGUCCAGAUUCUGCACUACAAUAUCGAACGGUUCCCAAAUGAAAUUACGGAUCUGCGCGGAUUGGAGACGCUUCUGGUGACCACAUUCAUGUCUUUCGUUGAUGCAUUGGACGAACGGACUCCCCGUCCUCCUCCCUCUGCCCUCAACAAAACAGUCUCGCCGAGCGCAUCGGCCUCGAGCGUUCCACUAUCUGCGCUGGGUCAGGGAAAGGCUGUGGCUUCGACAACAGUAGUCACCGAGGAUGAUUUUGAAGUAGAGGACAGCAAUGAGAUCCGUGUAGGGCGGUCUAGCGAUGUGGAUGAUAGGAUAGCCAGGGCUGUGGGGUUAUUACUGGAUCCGGCAAUACUGUUCGUCAUCAUCCGUACUAAGGAGCCGUCUGCUGCUCAGCGGGCUUUAGAGGUUGCGCUGGGCGUGACGAGAUUCCGGCAUCGAGAGGGGUUGAGCGAUCUACACCAGUAUGUCGUGGAACAGGCCGAGCCAGAACCUACCGCCGGCCCAUCUUCAGUGGCUCCACUCGUCAAAGGGCCGAAGGUGAUCAAGCUGGAUGAUCCCCAGCCGCAAGCCCCACAACCAAAGAGACCGUUGCAACCCGCCACGGCACUCAACAUCGCCAUUUACCUCUCGACAAUACAGCUGCCGGAUCUUGUUCCGAAGAGUAAACCAUCCGCGACUGGGUCAGCCCCUCGACCGGCCAAAGAUACCACAAAGCCGACCGCCGGACCAUCAGGUAGUGCCGCUAAGCCGGCGGCUUCUCUCUCGAAGCCGGCCAAGCAGAGUAUGCCCUCUUCGACGAGCGCAGCGCCCCUGCCAGCACGUAUACCCUCCAACCCUGUCAGGCCUAGCGCCCCACCUGCUCAGCCUGCCAAGCCAAUACUUGCCAGACCAGCAGCGGCCUCGAUCCGUCCACCGCCACCACCGGCAAACAGGCCCAUUUCUCCCCAGCCGCCCCCUCGACCCGCCCCGCCAGCGCCUGCCGUUACCGGGGAUGGGAAGGGAAAGGACGAGUCGGUGAUGAAGAAGCUGAUAGCGAUGAGUAGGCGUUGA